CCCUCUCCGCCCGCCUUUUUCAGAAGACAUAUUUGUCUCAUUUCCCGUUCUAAAUUUUGCUAUUACGACUGUGUUAAAGAAUUUCCAAUCACGCGAAUAUAUAAGCAUGUGAGUUGGGGGGAAUCCCUCUUGCAGUUGUUCCGGUCAAGGCUUCGCAGACAGCAGGUACCAUCAAGGUAUUAUUAUGGCAAAAUCUUUGUCUUUCUUUUCGGAUUCGAUUCUGUUGAGUUUGCUAAAUUUUCUCAUAUGAAGGUGUUCGCUUCCUAGUGCCAACUUACGGAUCUGAAAGAAGCCCGAGUCAUGUCAGGUUCACCGAAAACAGGUAGGACGAAAAAAACAACGUGAUUUUCUGUCUAGUUCAGCUUUCUUCGUGACAACAGCUGUAAAAAUAACAUUGCUUUAAUGUGCCAUCACAAUGCAAGUAAGUGAGACAUCCAACCUCAUGUAGCUUUUUAAAUAAGCUUCACAAGCUUGUUUAAGCUUACAUGAUGACAAAGUUUAUGACACGCUGAUUGCCAUGUCACACUUCGCUUUUCAUAACAGAUGCAAAGUUUGCUGGUCUAUUUUUCUUCGUAGCGUGUCGAGGCACAAAAUGACAGUUUGUUAUACUAAGUUGAUUUGUUUCCCUUCAACAACACAACAGGAAGUUUGUCUAGAAAUCUAAGCUUACUUUAAUUGGUUAAAAAGGAAGAUAAUAUCUAACCUACAUUUAAUGCAAUCCAUCUUGAUUUAACUUAUUUUGAUGAACGGUCAAGCUAAAAUUAUGAGCAAUGCGAGCUUUACAUAUGAAUUUCUUUCUCAGAUUUUGCAUGAUGCCUUGUAUGACAACUUAAAUUGUUAGUCAACUGUAUACUAUUUUUCUAUAAUUUGAGGAAGUUAUUACUAAAGCUACCUGCAAACUGUGGUGUUUUUUCUGGACUUACGUUACAUUGUUGUCCAAAAAUUAACGUGUUAAAUUAACAUAUCAAAACCAGGUUUUUAAAACCUUUAAUCUCCAAUUUGCAUUCAGCGUGACAGACAUUGUCCAAAUCAUCAUUGAUUAACUGACCACUUAAUUUGAGGAGCUAGAAAUUUUUUCAUGGCUCUUACACACUGAUUAAUUCUUCCACAAUAGUAAUAAAAUGAAAGGUAGCCAGUAAGCGUGCUUUCCAUUUGGGGAUGUCACAAGAAGUCACAUGCGACUGACAUGUGUAAGGAAGGAGGUGUGAGAAAGAGAGUCAGGGAAAGAAUGGAGUGCUUGCAACAAUUUAUUUUUGAAAUUUUUCAUUUCCACCAAGAACUACAAAGCAGAAUAAAUUUUGCCAGUAACAAGAAAUGUUAUAGCCUUCUGUCCCCUGGGAAUUUUGCCAGAAAACAAGUUUUGAAGCUAGUCAGGCAGUUUUCUGGUCACUGUCAUGCUAUAAAGAGCUAAAACUUACCAUAAAACCAUUUACAGGCCAUACACUUCGCAGCCUUUUGAUCCAGAUGCAAAAUACUAGCGUGCAAAGUUUGGGCAUGUGCAGAAAGCAAAAUUUUGAGACAGGUUUUGGGUUUUAAAGGGACGUAUACAAAACAUGGAACCCUUCUCCAUGGACCCCUUUGUGGACCCAGUCGUUGGACUUCCCCUGUGGAACACCUCUAAUUUUUGAAGAUGAAUGAACCAGAGGUCUAAAGAAAUUUUAGGAACCUUAAAUGGACAAAACUGUGGUCAGCAUUUAUUAUCAGAGUUAUGGGCUCCUCAUAUUUAACACUUGUUCAAAUCUUUUUCAAUCCCAUACCAAUGCAAUGGGUUUGUUUUAGUUCUGAUGAAGGAGUAACCAUAUUUGAAGGGAACAGGAGGAGUGAUAGGGAGGAAGAAGUCUCCUAGCAGCUCUUUUGUUUGUCUUCGCGUUUGAAUGAAUGGCAAUGUACUUGAACCAACCUGUAAGCAUCCGCAAACUUGUAAGGCGUCUGACCAACCACAUUGAUUCAUGAGCAGGAUUCAAUAUGUUUGCCAACUAAUAAACAUUUCCAAGGGCUAUGAGGGGAGGGAAGUCUCGGGUAGGUACUCAAUCAUCAUGCAUUACCUGUUCCUCUCUACACAGCCAUUUUUGUGUCAAUCUUCAUGCAACACGAUGUCACAAAAACUGUGUAAGUGAAUUCUUCCUCCCUACUCCUCCUCAUGUCCCCUUCAAAUAGCAGGCCCAAAGGGAGCAGGGGUGCAUCAGGUGUACUCACACCCCCCCCCCCUCCACAGGUCCCAGAGGCCCACUUUUUUGUUGACCAACAAUUUAAAACAAAGUGAUUUGAUAAUAUUUUUCAAAUCUUACUCACCUGAAAACUCUGAAAGAGUUAACAAGCUUCACGCUUUCCGCAAAACGGGUUUUCACCUUUAUGUAAGUGCAUUGAAAAGGGGGGUUUGGUAUGCCUACAAGGCAUUUACCCCUUGCUAAUAUGUCGCUUACUCCUUCAUUUUGUCCUUAAGGAACAAAGUCUGUAUUGAAGGAUUUGUAGUACAGAUUGAGAAAACAUUUUCUUGCUUUCGCCCAUUUAAGGUUCCUAAAAUUCGUUUAGAACUUUGGUAAAAAUUCAUCUUCAAAAAUUAAGGGUGGUCCACGGGGGUUAGUCCACCGGGUCCACAAUAAGGUCCAUGGACCAGGUCCACAGAGGUGGUCCAUGUAGGCGGGGUCGUGUUUUUGUAUACGUCCAUUUAAAAGUGACACAGCAGUCUUGACUUUUACUUUUUGCUUUCUCUCCUCCCCUAUAUUUUCACUUUUCUUGCCUGAGGUAUGUUUUUGUUUUGCUAGGCAUUUAGUAGACUUCAUUUUGGUAGGAAAAGAUUUUAGGAAAGGUUUUAGGAUCUUAGAAUUAGAUAAAAGGAAAGGUAGGUGGGUAGUGGAACAAGAUUUUCAUGAAAUUUUUGGGUCAAUGUUACAUGGUUUUUUGCCUUUUUCUCCAGUGUCCUUGACCGAAUUGAGCUAAUUCUGAUAUGUUUUGAAAGAUCUCUUCACUCUGCACAAGUUAACGGGCAAAGUUGUCCUUGACCGUUAAAACUGAUGACUGUGUUCCAGCCCUGGUUAAGUCAGAGUAAUAUUUCUCGCCUUCUUUUCCUAGUUUUCUUUAGCUCUUUUGCCCAUAUUUCCCACUGUUGGAUCUUUUCCCCAAGCUUUGUGAGGUUCUGCAAGAUUCAUAUUUCUAUUAUUAAUGAGCCAAUAUUUACCAGUACUCACCUUUGUGGAAGGGAGCAAAAUUAAUUACUUGAGCUGUAAAUUUCGCUGUGGCCCCGAGAGAUCUCUGGGAUAAUGUAAUUUGGUGAUGGAGACUGCUAGUCAGAAAUUUCACCCCGUCUAAAUUACAUUAAGGCCCACUUAUAGGGCGACUACUGUUCUGUAACGGGGGCCAUUAAGCCAAAGUUGACCAAUCGGAUCAUAGGAAAAUAACAAAACAUCUGAGAAAAAUGGUUGUCAAGCCUAGUUACCACAAACCACUGUACUGUAACAGAAAGUGAUACCUACACAUACAUUGAGUAAGGACUUUGAGCUUGUGGUACAAAGAAGACUGGGAAUUGACUAAGUUUUUUUUUUUCCAGGAAAGAAGCAGAAGAAGCACAAAGGUCCAAAACUUGAUUUUUCAAAGGGCCAUCCAUCACCUACCUCCUCACCAUCGUAAGUGCUAGCACCUAGUUUACUGAAAGAGUUCAUGUUCACAUUGGAAUUGUUGCUCAUAAAAAAUCUACUGUUAUAGCUGAGAAAUAUGUUGAAAUAUGAAGAUGAAGUUGUAUCCCAUUCUAAUUGUUUUGCUUUUGUUGUGUCAGUCAUAGUUUUUACAUCCAGCGUGAAAGUGUCUCCUUCAAAGAGCUUCAACUAAAUUUUCUUUACUCUUUUUCAGGACCACUCCACCAAGGAAUCUUUCAGACAAAGCCACACUUACUGUUGAUGGAAAGGUUUGUACUGUACUAAAAAGGCAAUAUCACAAUAACUUAUUUUUUUCCAAGAUUUCACAGAAACAAAACUGCAGUUAUGAAGUACUGUCACUGACACAUAAAAUGGCCUUGACUGACAAGAAAAAACAAUUGCAGUCAAAACAUAAUCGAUAGUUUUUGAGCAAUUUUUCCUGAAUAACAGUGAAUAGCAUUUGCCCAGUAUUUUCAAGUGUUCAGGUGGAGGCCUGUUAAAUGCUAAAGAGCAGACAACUGAAUAAAAUAUUCGACUGUCAGUUGAUUAUAGGUUCCAUGAUUUUGCGAUGCAUGUUACAGAGGUCAAAAUAAAAUUCAGGUUAAAAUUUUUUAACCUAGGUUGAUUCUCAAUUUUCUUUGUCACGUAGCCCUUAUUCAUGAAUAAUAAUAUUAUGGUUAGGAGACAAAAGAAAUUGAGAAUCAACCUAGGAUAAAAAAAUUUUAAUCUGAAUUUUAUUUUGACCUGUUAACAUACGUGUACUCAGUUGAACCUCCAUAAGCAACAACUCAAAACUUAAUGAUCACCUACGGGAGGUGGUUGCUCAUAAGAAUCAAUCCAAAGGAAGUCUUCUGAAAAUUGUGGAGGUCUUAACACAUCUUUGAAAAAAAAUAUGUUGCCCAAUAUUUAAGUGAUAUUAAAAAAAAUAUGUGUUACUUCCUGCCUUGUACCCAGACGUCUCUCUUUUGAUGAAAAUGUGCGUGCAAAGGAAGGCGGGAAGGAGACAACGGGUUUCGCCUGCCAUCUGUACCCUUCCAAUGGUCCCUUGUGGUUCAUUCCCAGUCAUUCGCCCCUACCUUGCGAAAAACGAAGCGCCAAAGGAGGAGGCUGGUGUUAGUUCCAUGUUGCCACUAGGAGUUCUUCGUAUAGUAUAAACUUCUUAUUAUAAGCCCCCCAUUUAUAGGCCCAUCUACCUGAAAGCAAAAAAAUAUAUCAGACUGUAAGCCCUCCCCUCCCCCCAAAUAUAAGCCCCCCUCUAGCUUGUCUUAAAAUGAAUUCAAUGAUCUACUUUCAUUUAAUUCUUCAUCCCGUGGUUCACAUGUAUGAUUUUCAUAUAUUCAUGAAUCUGACUUUGUAUGACGUUUUGAAGCUUAAUAAAGGAUCAAAUUCAACAAGUAUUUCGAUCAGUGCUGCUACAGAGCAGCUCUGGCACUGCUAUGUAGCUUGUUUUGAAAAUUAGUCUGGUUAUUAGCCCCCCGGAACAUAAGCUCUCUUAAAACCCCUUACACAAAGUUGUAUAAGCCCUGGGCUUCUAAUCAGAAUUUUACAGUAUUCUGAGUAACAUAAACAUACACAAAGUGUACUAAGAGAUCAGAAAAUGUGUCAAACGAUUGGUUGCUUAAGUGGUUAAAAGCAUUGUAAAAUUAUAAAAUUUUCAUCCCAUUGCGCUUGCUCACAAGAGGUUCCAACAGCAGGGCUUUUACUGGGAAAAUUUUGGUGUAGUUUUGCAUCUGUGACCACUUAUAGGAGGUGGUCGCUUAUGAGGGCCGGUUGCUAAGUAGUACGAGGGAUAGUCCUCGUACAUAUGCAUAGAGAUUCAACUCAGUGUUCUCCCUAGGUAUUAAAGGCUAGAUGGGGCGCGCAUGUGGCUUAAUUCACUUGAAAAUCAUUCCCACCUGGCUUAAAAAUCAAAGAUUUGAGCCAAUAGAUCAAACCUUAUGUUGACGUAUAAUUUAUUUUUAAAAGUGAUUUAACGUUGGAUGAAUAUGCUCAAACCUUUGAUGCAUUCACUUUGCUGAACAGCAGCCAUGCAUCUUGAAAUUGUCCUACAAACACAAGGGCCCUUCGAGGAGCUUAAAUGGAUUACUGUAGUGAACAAAAAAAACGAAAACGAGGAGCUUCUCAAAGGGGUCUUCUGUGAGAAAUGAUCAUAUUGGUUACCGCCUUGCUGUGUUUGGUUACACAUUGUUCACCGUCUGUACAAAAAUUUUAUUAUUCAGGCUACAUAUACAACAGGCUUUGUACAAACACUGUUGAAAAUUACGGUAAGAAUACCCCCUGGCCUCCUUAAAAUCCUAGGGAGAACACUGCUACAUUAAUUUUGUUACCUGCAGUAAGGCUGCUGUACCAGGAAUGUAAAUGACCUCUAAUGUCCUGUACACUUGUCUCCAGGAAUUUGAGUGCAAUGCUGAAGAUUUGAAAGAAUUAAAAGAGCUUGGCCAUGGAGCAUAUGGAUUUGUUUACAAGAUGAUUCAUGAGCCAACAGGGAACAUCAUGGCAGUCAAGGUAAUGUCGGACAGUGGUCAAUUAUAGGCCACAGUCUAGAUAUUUAAAAUCUAAGGCUUCUUGGAGCACUAGCAUUGGCCUUGUCCAGAAGCAUUAUGUUACAGGUCAAAUCAAUCAAAUUUGAUCUUUAACAUUUAACCCUGAAGCAUCUAACUCAGGGUGCAAAGAAAGUUAGCAGUGAUGAUUAAGCCAUUCUGGCAAUAAUUGUGCUGACGUUUCAAAGGACGCAAAGUCACUGUUGUGAUAUCUUAAACUCACUUGUCUUUGAAAGGGUUGGUUUUAAUAACUGGGCUUUUUCUUUUUUCGGUUAGCAGUAAACUUUAUCAGCAUUUUGUUCACUCAUUCCAAAACAGCUAGGCUGCUGAGGUUGCGAUUGUAAAUUGGUUGCAGUGUUCCACAGGGUUGUCAGAAUGGUUUGAAGUAAAUGGCUGAGUUGUCAAAGUAUUAGCGGCCAGUCCAGUGAUAUUUUAUUUAAAAAACGCCAUCAGUAACGAAAUGCCAAGCAGAGUAGUGGGCCCAUACUAACCAAGUAGGCAGCGAUUUUCACUGGUAGCCGGCUACUUUUGACAACCCUGAUACCUUCUUGUUGAUUGUGUACUGCUCUCAUCUUUCGAAUUUGGUCAGCAACAGUUGGUUCUGAAGAAUUGGCCAAGUAGAAACAGCAACUGUAUUUUGAUGGGAUAAUGAUGAUCAAUGUGUGAUAACAAAUUGCUAAAUAUCCUCAUUAGCUAAUCUGCUAUAAGCCUCUGGAAUCUUUUAAUUGUAAGGAAGGGUCAUGUUCUCAUCAUGAAUGUUGAUAUUAUCUCUUGUUUACAGAGGAUACGAGCCAAUGUAAACUCUACAGAACAGAAAAGGCUUCUCAUGGAUCUGGAUGUAUCUAUGCGAGUAUCUGACUGUCCAUACACCGUUCACUUUUAUGGUGCUUUGUUUAGAGAGGUUUGUUGUUUUUGUUUUUGCCUUACAAAUGAUUGCAUAAUAAAUUAAUACUAUUAAAAGGUGCAUCCAGCUUUCAAUGUUAUUGAAUAACCUAGUAGAAAGAUGUCCAAAAUGAUUGUUUAUACCAAACCAAAAUUGUACAGAGGAAAUCUAUGCAUAUAAUUCAACCAGAUUUUGUAGCCACACAGUUAAUUCUGUUUGAUAAUUUCAGGUUGAAGUUGUGUGAAAUUUUUUACAAACCAUAUUUUGUAUUAAGGCCUUUGAUCAUGAGGAGCAACACUUCAUGGUCCAAAAAUCUUGUUCCUCAUAAUGUUAACAUUGUUACUUUAGCAGAGCUUCAUGCGCGUGCUUUGCGAGGGGAUCCCCAUAGCUAAGAAAAUUUGGUUAUCUAUCCAUCCGAGAAGUUUUGGUAGUCACAUGACCUUAUAUAUCUGUCCGUCUGUCCACCCAUCUGUCCGCACCACAGGGCAACCAAUGUGAAAAUCUGGCACUUUCCAGCUAGUGUGGGAACCUGCAACCUGAUAUUGCACAUCCUUGUUGUGGUCAACAAUAUUAUUGACAGUUGUCAAAACAGGGUAUCUGCUGACCAGUAUCACAUAACCAUAUUGCAGACUCAGGUGUCGUCACGUAGAGGUUGUUUUUUUGAAGUUAUCCGCUGACAAGUUACUAGUUUUCAACUUAUCCCAGGCUCAACUCCAAGUGGUUUUCUUUACAAUGGUUACAAAGUUUAUUGUGUGAGGUAAACUAUAAAUUUGUGCAUGGGAGCUUAGCUAAAUCUGUAUAUUAUUGUUUUGUCUUUUCCAGGGAGAUGUUUGGAUUUGUAUGGAGUUAAUGAAAGCAUCACUUGAUAAACUUUACAGAAAAGUGUAUGCUACUCCUGAUGGAAGAGUUCCAGAGGAGGUCUUACGACAAAUAGCCUUUGCUGUAAGUAAUGAUGGGCCUCAACACUGUUCAAAAAAUGAUAUUGACAAGUGUCACAUUCGCACAUUUAAUGAAUUCUGUCACCUUGUUCUUAUAGAUGGUGAAUGCAUUAAAUUACCUCCAUGAUAAACUGAAAGUAAUUCACAGAGGUGAGAAACAAACCUACUUGUUCUCAUGGACGAGUUUGGCAAUUUUCAUCAUCAUUCUUGUUCAUUUUCCUUUUUUUUUCUUUUUUCGCCUCUUUAGUUUUCUUUCUAUUUUUCUGCUUGUAUUUUGAAUAAACUUAGGUGGUAUCUGAUCCAGCCUUUAUUGUUUUCUAUCUGACUAUCAAGUGUUCUUGAUAGCAAUAUAGUUUCAAAAGCACAUUUACUUCAUUUCUUGUUUUGAUAAUUUAUACGAUGGUUCAAAUAAAAGGAGAAAGUUUUUUGAAGUUCAUUAAUUGGUCUUUACAUUCUCUUUUUUUAUUAGUUUAAUAUUAUUAGAAAAAAUUUAAUGUUACAAAGUAUUCGUAACUGUGAUGAGCAAACUCAAGGUAUAAUAAUAAAAUUACUAAUCCGAAAUUAAGGUGAAAAAAUGAUUAUAAAUUGAGGAGUUAUAUUUAUUAAUUUAAAUGCAUUUUUCUGAUCCUUGCAUUCACCUUUAUUACCUGAUACUCCACAAGCAAGUCUUAAGAUAUUAUUACUUCAGAAUUUGGAAAAAGCUGUAACAUUGUUGUGCUUGUUGUCAUUUUAACAGAUGUCAAGCCAUCCAAUAUUUUAGUGGAUGAAAAUGGCAAUUUUAAGCUCUGUGAUUUUGGAAUCAGUGGACAACUGGUAGAUUCAUUAGCCAAAACAGUAGAUGCAGGUUGCAAACCCUACAUGGCUGUAAGUACUUUAUAAGGCUGUUUGAUUUUAGACAACCUUAGUCUGAAAAUUUUACGGCUCGGUCGACAUAGCGGUCGAUAUAGCGUGUAUAGCAACAAGUGUUGGUGAACAAAAAGCUAUAUUGGCCGAGACACAUCUGGAACGACUAACGACUGUGUCUCGACCGAGUGUCGACUGACUAUCGACCGCUAUAUCGACCGAGUGUCAAUCGAGUAUCGACCCUGUGUCGACUAAAUAUCGACCAAGUGUCGACCGAGUGUCGACCGACUAUCAACCGAGUGUCGACCAACUAUCGACUGAGUGUCGACCGCUAUAUCGACCGAUAUCUCAGUUGACAUUACCCACAGUAAACAAGAUCCAAUUUUACUUAUCGCUUUAAAAUCAGUCAGUCCUGUGAUAGUGAGAAUUUUAAGUCUGUAAAACAUUUCUUCUAAUCUCAAAGUAUGGAACUGUUUUUGAUCAGACUUGAAAUCUCAUUCUUAGUAAGUUUCCUUGCAUCUUUAAUUUUUUACCGUUUUGUCACAAAUGACUCAAAAGAGUUUUUUUUAAGUCUUGGAUUUUAUUUACCACUCAUCAUCCUGAGCUGAAUAACAGUCUGUCAUCAGACAAUGUCUGACUAUAAUAUUAUUUGACCAGUGAAAUCACACCUGUGGGCGCACAAGAUGACCAGAUAGAUAAAAAUACAAAAGACUAUCAUUUUGUAGCUCACAAGAUUUGCAGAGAAAUGAUGGGAUUUUUUUUUUGAAAAAGGUUAACUUAUUCUAUGUCCAACAACUUUUCUGAUCUGUCCCAGUUAAACGGCAACCUAUUCAGUCAUAUGUCCUUUAAUCAAAAAAGAAAACUGAUGUAUAACUGACAUGUUAUUCCUUGUGAUGUCAUUAUAAAAGAGAGUUGAGAUUAGUCUAAUUCUGGUGUUCGUGAUAUAUAUAAAAAAAAAAAAACAGAAACAGUGAGUUCCGAAACAACUGUGCCGAAUAGCAUGCUUUGUAACAGUUACAAAAAUUGUUUCAAAUGAUCAAUUUUCAAGUUGUUGAUGCAUCGUAGUCAUUUUAUGUUAUAAUUUAUGAUUUUAGCCUGAGAGAAUUAACCCAGCCAGGGACAUGAAAGGUUACGACAUUCGCUCAGAUAUUUGGAGCCUUGGAAUAACUAUGGUACGACUUGUCUAAAACUAAUUUUCCCCUUAUUUAAUUUUCUGCCUGCUGUCUUAGUUUUGAAUUUCCUUUUGCAUGAAAUCAGGGGAGCUAGUUCACCUGUCUUGUGCAAAGUAAUCAGGGGUGUGUUUCCAAAGACAAACAGCCUUGAAUAAGUUCUAUUGUAGGUAACUUUGUCUAGUAUGUAAAUUUUCUAGAACUGAUUUACGGGUCAGACAUUUCAAAUUACAUAACAUCAGAAGAGCAAUAUUGUGGUGGACAAAACACUGACCCCCAUGAGUCAGUGGACUACCCCAGUGGGUUACCUCUUGAGUAAUUUUAACUGAUAGUUACUUGGAUAUACAUAUGUACAUGUAUGUACCAUUAUAGCCUAUUCAAAGGGUAGUCAGUAGACUGGGGGUCAUUAUUUGUCCACCACCAUAUACAUAGGGAUGUGUGUCUCUCUCUAUUUGUUAUGAAUCUGAUGACGGCAAGUAUUCUAUGCCAACUCUAUUCUAGAGAAGUAAUUAUUACAAUUUUUCAAAUUAUGUGACCUUCUGGAAAUCCCACAUAAUGUCUUAAUAAUUUUCACACACUAGCAUAAGGCUUUAGAAAUGUUUCAUAGCCAUAUGAAGUAUAUAUAUAUAUUUUUUAUUACAGAUUGAACUAGCAACAGGGAAGUUUCCUUACACGCAGUGGAAAACCCCAUUUGAACAACUCAAGCAAGUUGUACAUGAACCUUCACCAACCCUUCCUGACGAUGGGCCAUACUCAGAUGAAUUCAGAGAUUUUGUGGUUCAAUGGUAUAGUUGAUUUUUUUUUCUAAACUUUACGCUAGUGACUUGCCUAGCUGAACCUUACCCAGGAAGGUUUAUUCUAACCUAGCCAUUAAUCCACAGAAUUUUUAAAGAUGCAAUUGCCUUUUAUUUUUAAAUAACAGGUAAUAUUAUUAGGCAAGUCCUUAAUCAAAAUUUUCUAUACUCUCCCUAUGGUCUGAUAACAACAGAAUUAGUUACCUUUUACUUUCACAUGCUUGUUUGACCUAAGAAAGAUUUUGUUCUUUUUCUCCUUUUUUCAUACAGCUUAAAAAAAGACUACAAAGAAAGACCAAACUAUGUAUCACUUUUGGUAAGUUACAGCAUCAAAAUUAAUGAUUAUUUAAGUUGGUACAUCAAAAUAAUACCCUGAUUGUUAAUCUGUAAUGAUAUGAUUUAUUAUAUUUUACAAUUUUUUUAUUAGCAUCAAAAUAUUGUUAAGACACUUCCAUCUCAAUCACAGUGUCUAUUUUGGGUUACAUAACAAACUGAACCCCUACCCUCCCCUUCUGCUUUAUACCAAGCUGUUUUGGCCUACAGGCUACCUGCAGGGAAAGUCGGCAUACUCUUAUUUAUUUCAUUUUUACCUUUCUUCCAAGAAAGUGUGAAAUGAUGGCUGUUGGUGUCUUUCAGAGCAAGUGUCAUUACUACUUUUGAAUAAAUUGUAGUAUGUUUAAAUUUUUAUUUUGCAAGUCUGUAAUGUCUCAUUAGGUUAAAGUGUGGGGGGUGUUAUCUUGUUUAUACUACUACAUGAGAAAUUUCUGCAAUUUGAUUGGCUUAGAGCAGUGGUAUUUCAGCUUAAUUUGAAAUACCUACAUGUGAAAAUUACAAACCUUUUGCAGCUAGUAGUAUAAACAAAUAAUAGCAUGAUCUGUACGAGAUAUUUGGCAUAAAUACCACUCAUGAUAUUUCAAAAUUGUCUCAAAUUUCACUCGCCUAUCGGCUCGUGAAAUUACAUGUAACAAUUUUGAAAUAUCACUACAAAUCAUGCUAUUACCAAUACAAAUGUGCAGUAAUUAGUGUUAUUAAGUCUGAGAUGCCACGCAAUUAGCUUGUGACAAUGUGAAUUUCUUACAUUAACACCCCAGAAAUGGUUAAAAAGCCAGACAGCAUUGUUAAUUCUCUCAUCCAUAAAUUUCAGUUAAUUUGAUAGCGUUAGAAGGCUACAACGUAGCCUGUGUACAAUCGCCCCCGGGCUAUUGAAGGCAAACAAGGUGAAGAAUAUUUUACCAACUCAAAUGGUGUACAUAUUUUAUUUUUGUCUUGUAGGAACAUGAAUUCCUAAAGGAAAACAAUGCCGAAAGUAGUUUUGAUACCAAGCAAUGGAUAAUGCCCAUCCUUCAAGAAAUGGAACAAUCCAGUUAAUAGUUGCAGUAAUUUUAAGAAAGACAGUAAUUUUAUAUUGUUCAUAUUUAUAUCCUUAUAUGCAAGAAUUUUGUGCAGGUUCAUUGGUACAUGGAAUUAUGUCUAGUUUUUACACUGUGUGAUGUGAGAUUUAUGGAAUUCAGUGUACAUACUGUGGCACCUUUACAAACUAUUUUGGUUUGUAUUUCCUAGCCUGCAUAACAGGCAUUAUUGUUUUGCAUUUUUCAGGAGAGAAGGCGAGAGCAAAGUGAGCGAGAAGUGCCAAAAAUGCACAAAAAGGGAGGACGUUAUUGCCCCCAUGCCUUCCACCAUUUGUGUAUGGCGGUCUUUGCGCACUUCACUCUUGCCAAUGCUUGUCAGGAAAACACUAAAAAGUAUUGCCUGUUGUGCAGGCUAUGUAUUUCCAAGUACGUGGAAAAUGAUAACAGGGAAUUGACAAUAACGGAGUAUUUAAUUAAAUUUGAUUUGACUUCAAAUGAUUUCCAGUAAUUACUAAGGAGACUUUGAAACCUCUCUUGUCCCAGUAGACAAUAAACAGUAAGUUGUAAAUUAAUACUUGUAGUGGGGUCAAAUUUGCUGUGAGUGAGAAGUUGAGCAAUUGGAGAUUUAAACUAUGUGAACUAGCAUUAUCCCCCAAAAUAUUAUUAUGGAACCUUACCAAGAUUUAUUUUUUGGAGAUCUCACUUUUAAUUUCAUGUUCUCAUCAUCCCUUUUCAGGUCAGACUUAUAUAGUUGCCAGAGGGAAGGAGGGAUUUUUACCCACCACUUUCAAUCUUAGUGACAGCAUUGACUUGAGUCUUGUUUUGUUGUCCUUAAAUUUGAAAAAGCAGUUUAUUUAAUAACAAAAUCACUAGAAAUUGCAAACCAGCAUAUAAUGUUUCUUCAAGAGUUUCUGUUGGACACCAGCUACCAUCUAGCUUUCUCAUUCAAUUUGCAUCAGAUUUAACAAGUUAUUUUUUUUUAUGGGGAAAGGAGUUGUCGCAUUUUGGGGCUGGCCCUGCCAUUUAGGACUAAUUCUUGAUAAUUAUAAUAAUAAUCGAUACUGGAAUAUCUGUUCUACAGUUGUUAUGUUGCCUUAAUUGCAAGUUUGCAACAUUCUAAGAUGAUACGAGAAAUCUCAGAAACCUUUAUUAUGUGGACACUAACAGACCUCCAAUUUAUUAGGUGUCUGCUAAUGCAGGGUUUGUUUACAUAAAAUGCCUUGGCACUGUGCUCAUCAGUACGGUACUUGCAGCGCACAAAUGUGAACACACCUUUUUCUAAGUACUCAGGUCAGAAUUUUGGCCCUGAAGCCCUGUGUGUACCUUUUUUCUUUUAGAUGUGAGGUAAUCUGCUAUUUUGCAUACCCAUAACUCCCCGCAAUCCAAAACUGAGCAAAAUUGUGAAUGCUUGCAUUUCGGGCUUUCACACUGAUGUAAGGUACCCAAGGUGUGAAAUAUGACACCAUUGUCGGUGUCCAGGCAACCUGAACGGUCCUGGAGUACAGCUUUACUAAAAAUAUUGAGGCGAGGUAAUUAGUAAAAGAGUGUUCAAUGUUUUUGUAUGUGUUCGAAAUUAAACAAUGUGUUGUAAGUAAGAAUUACCUGCUCUCUGUCC